UUCAACUAGUUGAAAUCAAUUUAAAAUUAGAAGACACAUUAACCAAAAAAGAAAAUAAAAAAUAAAUAGGAAAAAGGAGAACUCCCAUCACUUGUUUGUGUUUUGUUUGAAUGAUUGAGGAGGUCAGGAAUGGUUAAAAAGAGAAAUCUUUUUAAAAAUCAUGUUUUGUUUCUCACUAAAAUUGGUGAGUAACAGAAAUUGUUGUAUAGAUUUUUUUUUUUGCCCCAACUCUUUUACUUCCUAUCCAAAUUCAAAGCAUUGAAAAUGAAUGAAACAUGUGUUCUCUUUUAUUUCUUGCUUAUCCUAUUACAAUGAUGAGAAGUGAGAACCCACAAUUAUUUCUUAUGUUUUUGUUACUUAGAUGAGAAACCAUAAUCUUGUUAUUUGUUUUCUCACCUAAUUUUCCAAAUCAAAAGGUUAUACACUCCAUUUGGCUGCAAAACAGUAUACUUUAGUCAUUUGCACUAGAUGUGUUAUUUAAAUGCAGUGUAACUCCUGGAAAUAUUUUUGAGCUUGUUUUGUUGGCCACUUUGCAUAUGCUUUAACUUAGCAAAUGCAUCAAGUUGGUGUGGAUGCAACUCAGCUUAACUUUAGACAAGUUCAUUUCCUAUGGAUUCUUUUUGUACUCUCUGUCUUCUUGUUCUGUGUUGUAUUAAUCAAUGGGUAAUUUGUUGCAUGAUAAGAAAUGUUCCGAAUUGAAUCCGGUGAUUAUGUUUAAUAGCAGCAUUUUCUUUUUCUUUUUAAUUUUUUUUUUUAUUUGCUUUUUUUUUUUUUUUUUUCUAAACUUUUGUUUUUAACUGAUGAUGUUGCAUGAAAUUUUACUUUUACCAUCAGCCUGUUGGUGACUAGAAGAGAUUGUGGUCCAAGAGAAACGGUGUCCACAAAAUCCUUUAUGGUGUUAUUUUCUCACAUUUGUCUUAUCUUUUUUCUGCAGUUUGUGAAGGGUAGUGUAAAGAACCAGAAUGUCAAUGUUGAUGCUUGCUUGCUGCAAGGUAUACAUAUCUGAAAGCCGAAACAGGGCUGCCCUUGAUUCAAUUGAACGAGCUGCCAAGCUAUUCCCUCAAGCUGCCAUUGUCAACAAGUUUGAAGAUGAGACUUACAAUAGAGUUGGUUACACCCUUGUCUCCAAGUUGUCACCAAAUCCAUCUUCAGGCGAGUGUCCUUUGAAGAGCACUGUGUUUGCCAUGGUUAAAGCUGCUUUUGAAGCCAUUAACCUUGAAUCGCACUGUGGAAGUCAUCCCCGCCUUGGGGUUGUGGACCAUAUUUGUUUCCACCCCUUAGGUAGUUCUUCUCUGGACCAGACGGCAGGGAUGGCAAAAUCUUUGGCAGCUGAUAUUGGCUCCGCUUUGCGAGUACCGGCUUUCUUAUAUGGAGCAGCCAAUGAAGAGGGAAGAACACUCGAUUCAAUCAGACGAGAGCUGGGGUAUUUCAAGCCUAAUUUUUCUGGAAACCUGUGGGCAGGGGGCCCAAAAUCAGAGCCCUUGGCACUGAAGCCAGAUGAGGGUCCAGCUUAUACAGUUCAAGCAAAGGGCAUUGUUGUAAUUGGAGCAACGCCAUGGGUCGAUAACUACAAUGUUCCAGUGUACUCUACUGAUAUUGUCGUGCUUCGUAGAAUCGCAAAGCGGGUAAGUGGGAGAGGUAAAGGACUACCAUCUGUGCAAGCUAUGGCACUUGCUCACGGUGAAGAUGUCAUUGAGGUAGCUUGUAACUUGUUGGAACCAAGUAGGGUUGGCGGUGAUUUGGUUCAGCUUGAAGUCGAGAGGGUUGCAGGGGAAGAGGGUUUGACUGUAGGAAAGGGAUAUUAUACUGAUUUUUCUCAGGAAAAAAUAAUUGAAAGUUACUUGAAUUUGGUGUCAUAAAAAAAUAAGAAAUAAAAAAGUUACUUGGAAGUUGGAUUUUGUUCCAAAGAUACUUGUUCUUGUAAGAAGGGAAUUUCAGAGUGUAAUUUUAGUUUAUUUUUGUGUGCAUUUAAUUUGGCUGUUCUUAUCAACUUGUCAUGAUAUUAAGAAUUUGCAAUGCAAGUGACAAUUCGAAAGGUGAAGUUUUAUUUA